AUGGAUCUGGACAAGGAGAGUUUAGCAGUUUUGAAUACUGUGCUCAAUAAUCCACAAUCAAUUCCUGAUGAAGAUUUGGGCGGAGGCGGAGGAACGCAUGGCAAAAAACACACUAAGCCAAAAAAAAAAGAUUCAUCAUUGAACCACGGUAAUGACUUGACCGAAAUAUUAAAAUCAAAUAGUUCAUUGGAUGAAAAAUUGCAAUUAGUAUGUAAUAAAUACUCUGAAAUAAUGCACGCAAAUCGUAAAUUGAUGGUCGCAUAUAAAAUGUCUGAGGGACGUGCUACUAAAUUGCAACUGGAGAAUGAACAGUGUCAGCAGCAACGUUCAAAAGCAGUAUUGGCGCGCUCGCGUUUGGAAAAUUUGUGCCGAGAAUUACAGAAGCUUAACAAGGCGCAAAAAGAAGAAAUUGAUCUUAAAUUACGACUCGAGGAAGAGAAGAGAAAAGAAAUAUCGGCUACUUUUCAGAGUGCCUUCGCUGAAAUGAGCACUCUUACUAAUCAGAACACGGAGAAAAAUACUAAGAUGCGGGAGGAAAAUAUGGAAAUGCGGGAGAAAAUAAAGUCUGUACGCGAGCGUAUUGAGUUGAGUGAACAGCAGUUGGAAAAAGUACGUCAACAAGCUCAAUUAGAAAUAGAACUAGCAGAAGCUAAAAUGGCUGCUUCAAAAAUGGAAAUGAACGCGUUAGCUAAAAGUAAUCAAGUGUUCAGUGGAUUCAAUGAAGAAAUGGAAAAGAUGUCUAAAAAAAUCGUAAAAUUAGAAAAAGAAACGAGUUUAUGGAAACAACGGUGGGAGAAAAGUCAUGCAUCGUUGCUGGAAAUGGCUACCGACAAACAAAAUCGAGAUACUGAAAUGUCCAAGCUAAAUCAUAAAUUAUCAUUGCUUCAGGAAUUAUGCAAGGCUUUUCAACGUGAACGUACGGAAUUAUUGGCUCAACUACGAGCGGUAAAUGGCCCCGCUGCAUCUAGUGUCCAUAAUAUUAAAUUGGAUAAAGUCGAUAUAAAACAAGUUGAAGAAUUAUCACAAGACUGUCAGCAAUUGAAAGAUGACUUGGCGCAUUUACAAGAUAAUUUAUCUGAAACUAUUGUUGAGACUAAUGAAGAGAAUAUUAAGUCUGGGACGAGUAAUGAAGAUGGUGGUAAAAAGGCUGUUGGUGAUAAAAAUGAAAGCGAUUUAGAAUCAACAAAUAAUGUUCAAGUUAAUUCUCAGUCGACUGAAAAUGAUGUCAAGGACAGUAAGCCAGAGGUCGAAGUAAAAGCAAUUAAAGAAGAAGGAAAUAAAAAUAAUGAAGCAGAACAAGGCAAAGAAUCUAGUGACGGAAAAGGAAUUAAAGAUGGGGAUUUUAAAGAAGUUGAAGAAAUUGUUGUAGAAAGCCAAGAAAAGGAAAACAAAAUUGAAAGUGGGGUAAAAGAAAAUGAAAUAAAAGAAAGUACUGAAUUAAUACCUGUGACAAAUGAAAUUGAAAAUAAAUCAAAUAAUAAUAAUGAAAGAUUAAAUAGUAAUGAAUCUCUUCCAGUGUCUCAGUCAAUAAACACAUCUAAUUGUCAUAUAAAUGUAGAAAAUCUUAAAAUUGAUAAUUCUAGUGUUAACUCAUGCUCAAUAAUUAAAUCUACCGACAGCCCUACAUGUACUGAACCUCAAGAAAUUAAAGUUUCUCAAACAAAUGAUUCAACGAUUCAACACGAAAUUAAAAUUAAUGAUAGUGAUGAAUCUAAAGCAAAUACCAUUGAAGAAAAAAGUAAUUGCUGUACAUUAAAUAAGAAGAAAAAAGGAAAAGUAUGUCUCCUGUUUUAA